AACAACUUUAACGAUGCAAAUGGUAUACCGCAAUUUAUUGACCUAUCACAAUUGAUUAGGUCAAGCGUCGUUAUUGUCUAUCAUUUAAGCGCGUUCAGCAAUAUAUGAUUUCUCAGAUCGUGAUUUUAUCUGUCGCUGAACUGAAGCAGAGGAAUCUCUUGAGAUCGCAAAACAAAAUGUCAUAAAUUGUAAAAUAUUCUGAAAAGGAUAAAUUUUUUGUGAUAAUAUUAGUCCAUGUUUCUUUCAUCCGGAAUUACUAAAAUCAAAGCAAUGGACGAUUUCGAAUUUAGUGGUCAUUACAUUGACGGCGAUUUCCAAGAAUUACCAUUAAGAGCGUUUCGCACUCGGGAUCAAGAUCAAGCAACAAAUGCCGAAGAUGUUUUAUUCGAUAUGUUCAAGAACGAGGAAACUGGUCUUAUAUCAGUGGGAGAGUUUUUAGCUGCUUUAAGGAUAACCGGCUUACGGAAGAAUGAUCCUCGACUUCAGGAAUUUACGGACAAUCUUAAGAAAGAGCACGUCAAAAAUAGUGAUCGCACUAAAGCUAUAUCACAUGAAACACAGAAGUUAGACAGAGAACAAUUCAGAAGAAUUAUAAAUCCCAAUAUCGUUCUGAUCUCGCGAGCAUUCAGGCACCAGUUCAUAAUUCCCGAUUGGUCAGGUUUUACGAAGCACAUCGAGGAUUUUUAUUGGAAAUGCAAAACGAACACCGAGGGCAAGGUCGCCUCUUAUAUACCUCAGUUAGCCAGAAUGAAUCCAGAAUAUUGGGGCGUAUCUGUGUGCACCAUCGACGGUCAGCGAUUUAGCAUUGGCGAUACCACAAUACCGUUCACCCUUCAAAGUUGCAGCAAACCUUUGACCUAUGCAAUAGCCUUGGACAGGCUGGGUCCAGAAGUGGUGCAUCAAUACGUUGGUCAAGAACCAUCCGGUAGAAAUUUUAAUGAGCUUGUACUCGAUCAUGGCAAGAAGCCACACAAUCCAAUGAUUAACGCUGGCGCGAUAUUGAUCUGCUCACUUUUGAAAACAUUAGUUAAGCCAGAAAUGGGCUUGGCAGAAAAAUUCGAUUUCGCGAUGAACUGUUUCAAGAGAUUGGCCGGUGGUGAGACUCUUGGUUUUAACAACGCCAUUUUCCUGUCGGAACGAGAAGCAGCUGACCGAAAUUACGCUUUAGGAUUUUACAUGAGGGAGCACAAAUGUUAUCCAGAAAAAACGAAUUUGCAGGAAGUUAUGGAUUUUUAUUUUCAGUGCUGCGCCAUGGAAGCAAAUUGCGAGACGAUGGCGGUAAUGGCAGCCACCUUAGCAAACGGAGGUAUUUGUCCAGUUACCGAAGAGAAGGUUCUAAAACCAGACAGCGUUCGCGAUGUUCUGAGUCUCAUGCACAGUUGCGGCAUGUACGACUAUAGUGGUCAAUUCGCGUUCAAAGUUGGCAUACCAGCGAAAUCCGGUGUAUCAGGAAGUCUUCUCGUGGUAAUUCCAAAUGUCAUGGGAAUUUGCACAUGGUCACCACCUUUGGAUCCACUUGGCAAUUCCUGUCGUGGUGUGCAGUUCUGCGAAGAACUCGUGCAAGAAUUUAACUUUCAUAGGUAUGAUAAUUUGAAGCACGCAACGAAUAAGAAAGAUCCUAGACGGCACAAAUACGAAACGAAAGGUCUCUCGAUCGUUAAUCUUCUGUUCAGUGCUGCCAGUGGUGAUGUCACAGCGAUGAGAAGACAUCGAUUGAGUGGGAUGGACAUGACAUUGUCAGAUUACGAUGGCAGAACCGCGUUGCAUUUAGCCGCUAGCGAAGGUCAUCUAGAUUGCGUCGAGUUUCUAAUCGAGCAUUGCGGAGUCCCACAUGAUCCCAAGGAUAGAUGGGGUAAACGACCAGUCGACGAAGCUGAAACUUUCGGGCACAUGCAGGUGGUGGAAUAUUUGAACAACUACGCUCUUGUUCGUAAGACCGAGCUAGAGAACAAACAGGACGAGUGUAUCGAUAAUGACAACGAGUCGUGUCGUAAACCACCGGAAACGGCAGUACAGCCGUGAAUAAUAAUAUAAGCGAUGACGAAUUUACACAAAACUGGAAGAAUCGAGGGUAAGGGUGGGAACAUCAAGGACCUAUGUGAGAGCUAUUGAAUAGAGGAAGACGUGAGACAACGUAUCGAUCGUAAUAAUAGCAAAAUGAGGUCGCAAACAAACCCUACAGACAAUAACGAGGAACAAUAAUUUUCUCAUUUUUUGGAUCUGUGACCUCGUUCUACUUCGCGCGAUAGAGUUAUCUCAGUGUCCGAUUAAGAAUUACUGUGAUUAAUAUUACGUCUUUUUUCCAUGAUUUAGUUUAGUAUUAAAAGACCAUAAAGUUCGUUUUAUUAUUUUAUUAAUUUAUGCUUCACUUCCACCUCAUUCUUUACUAUUACAUAUACAUAUUUAUAUUUGCUCUAAGAUACACUUCGAUAUUUCUUCAUAUUUUGAAUGUAAAUGCAAUAGCAAUUUCCAAUUUACAUAUCAGGUCAAUAAAAGUACAAACCAAGUAUUGUCUGAUUCAUAAGUUUAAAAUAUUUUUAAUUUGGUCUUCAGGUUUAGUAGAAUGUUUUUUAUAUAGUUAUUUACUUAAUAGAUCACAAAAGACAGCAUGUUUUACAUUGCAAUUUUGAGAUGAGCCAUUUUCUGAUUAUACUAUUUAUUACAUUACGUGUGACAAGGCAGAAAUGAUUUCUUUUGUCUUUUUACGCAAGAAAGUCUGCCUUAAAAACGAAAGAAAGGGUAUUCCAGAGUUAAAUUUUUGGAUCAAUUUGUUCGAUAAGACAAUGUAUUUUGGGUGACGAAACAGCAAAAUAUAUUAACACAAAGAAACGUUUGUGUCUAAAAUAAGAAUCAUGAAAAUCGAAAAAUCUAAAUAAGUAUAGACUAGUUAAUAAAGGUAAGUUAUUUAUAAGAGAUAUUCAAUUUUUCAUAUUCAAUUUUUCCGUUUUUUACUUUUUCUUUUUCUUAUGUUUAAAUUUAUUUAAUUUAAAUAAUAUAAAAAUAAUUUUUAAAGAUAUUAAAGAUACAUUGCUUUGACACAGUGGCGCUUAUUACUUCUCCAAUUACUCGAAAUAGUAAUUUAUUUGUCUACACUGGUACAUAAACGCACGGAUAAUGAUCCAAUCGGGAAAAACAGAUGUUAUCUCGUAGAGAUUCUUCGUAACAAAUCGCGCGUGAAUCGUGUGUUAAACAUAUCUUUCUAAGUGUAUUUUCUUAGUAGUUUUAAAGGUUCUUCAAUGAUAUGGAAUCGACGGUAUAUCCGUCUUAUAGAGAGAAAUACUAUUUCGCAAGUCAAUAUCAGAGAAACUUUUGAAAAGAAUUAAUUUAUACGAUAUCUUAACGCAUAUAACAUUUUAUUAUAAACAAAUGUCUCACUUUUCCUCACUGUAUUUUUAAUGUAUACAAAGUAUACGUGUAUGUUAAAAACUAGUUACUAUUACUAUUUAUUUUUUUGAUUUUUUUAUCUGUCAUUUUGAGAAGAACAGAUCUAUGAAGAUAAUUUUUAUGUUAUUGACCAUGAAGAAUUUGGCAUUGAUGUGUGAGAAACGAAAUGUUACUAUAAUCUAUCUUCCGCGUAUCAUCUACUAUGAUAUAGAAUAAUAUAUACGUUGUUUCCAUAGUUAAACGGAUAACGCCAAUUCCGAGUGCAAUUAUGUAAUUCUUUCUCAAAUGUAUAAGCGAAUACUCGUAUCGCUAGUUGUUACUGCGCUAUAUAAAUGUGCCGACAGAUGUAAAAAAGGCUGGAAAAGUCAAUUUUUCGCAAAUGCGUUAACUAAUGAUUACGCUAACGUAGCGAUCAUAUGUAUAGUCUACGUAUGUUAGAUAACUAUUUUCGCAAUGAAUUAGUUAGAGUCGCUUUGCGUAGAGAAAAUCCUGAUCUUAUAUUUUGAUGAAAUGAACAAUGACAAUAACAUUAUUAUACAUAUGUGAGAACAUAAUCUUCAUAUGAGAGGUGGAAAUAUAAUAAUUAACUUAAAAAAAGAUAUACAGCAUAAAACUAUUUCUAAUACAUUUUGAAAAAUAAUAAUUUUGUACAUGAUCCAUUCAUGAGAAUUAGUUACAGUAUUAGUAGAUAUGCAAUAAGUUUUACGAAAAACCUUUACAUAUUUUUUUAUGAUUGUAUAUAUCGUAACAUUUGCGUUUGUAGUUACGCUGGGGUUUUUAAUUAAAUAAUUAUUAAAAGAGAUUUAAUUAUCUCAAAUUUCUUACUUCUAAAAAAAAAGAUUUUAUUUGUAAAUAGUUGUAAGUAAUUCGUGUGAUUUUCAACCCAAACCAAAUAUUGCGUCCAUCUCUGUAUUUGUUUGUUUAUGAAAUAAAAUAUAAAAUAAAAAUAAUCUGAGCCUCCA